AGAAGACUGUAGGAAAACAAGCGUGAAACGGGAAAGUAGGGACCCUCUCAUAUGGGACCUUUUUUUAUGAAAAGAGCAUAAUGUAGUGUCAAUCUUCUCCCUAUGUCGGCCUCUAUUAGACUACAGCCUGUGUACUCAUGGAAGGGAGUGCUCAAGCUCUUCUCUUGCAUAGCGGCCAGAACGACUAGUAAACCUAAAGAGGUCCACACAUUUCAAGGAAAGAAGAAAGACGUACUUGGAAAUCAUAUGGACGAAGAAAUGAGUCGCCAGACUGCCACAGCGCUGCCCACAGGUACCUCUAAGUGUCCCCCUUCUCAGCGUGUCUCAGGUGCCUUGUCGGGCACCACCGCAUCCAACAGUGACCUCGCCAGUCUGUUCGAGUGCCCGGUCUGUUUUGACUAUGUGCUGCCGCCCAUCCUGCAGUGCCAGAGCGGCGGCCAUUUGGUUUGUAGCAACUGCCGGCCCAAACUCACCUGCUGCCCUACCUGCAGAGGCCCGCUUGGUUCAAUACGCAAUUUGGCAAUGGAGAAAGUGGCCAACUCAGUGCUUUUCCCUUGCAAGUAUGCCUCAUCGGGCUGUGAAGUCACCCUACCGCACACCGACAAGGCUGAACAUGAGGAGCUUUGUGAAUUCCGGCCAUACUCUUGCCCCUGUCCUGGCGCCUCCUGCAAGUGGCAGGGAUCUCUCGACGCCGUCAUGCCCCACUUGCUGCACCAGCACAAGUCCAUAACCACGCUACAAGGUGAGGAUAUUGUCUUCCUGGCCACAGAUAUCAACUUGCCUGGGGCGGUGGACUGGGUCAUGAUGCAGUCAUGCUUCGGCUUCCAUUUUAUGCUUGUGCUAGAGAAGCAGGAAAAAUAUGAUGGCCACCAGCAGUUCUUUGCUAUCGUGCAGCUGAUCGGCACACGGAAACAGGCAGAAAACUUUGCCUACCGGCUGGAGUUGAAUGGCCACCGGCGGCGCCUCACCUGGGAGGCCACGCCACGUUCCAUCCAUGAGGGCAUUGCCACCGCCAUCAUGAAUAGUGACUGCCUUGUGUUUGACACCUCUAUUGCUCAGCUGUUUGCAGAGAACGGCAACCUGGGCAUCAACGUCACCAUAUCCAUGUGCUGAGGACUAACAACUGCGCAUACUUGAAAGCAUACACACGCAUACAAACAUGAAACCAGACAUUUCAAUACACCGCAGGAUACCUUGAGUUGUGCUUGGGAGACGGGGGAGUUGCUAACCUAGGGAACUUUUUGCUGUUGUUCGUUCCAAGUAGUCAUCAAAACAACAACAACAACAACAACAAAAAACGUAUUGGUUGGAGCUUGGCACAUCCGACCAGAACUCCUGGGUUCUCAAUUUUAUGCUACAAUAUUAUGUAAGUUAAAUAAUUAAUGUAUUCUACACUUUUGAGAGCAACAUUCAUUGCCCUUGAAGGUAUGGGAAAGCCAUGUUUGUGGAAUGGACAUUUGAAAAUGUGGCAUGUGGGAUGGGGGUUUGAGGAACGGCACGCCAAGCUGGAUGGCGGUUGGGAAUAUUGAUAAAUUUUGGAGUGGGUUUGCUCAAAAUGUGCAACCCUAAGAGCAAGUUUUUGUUCGUUGUGUUGUUAUUUCCCAAGACGUUUUGCAUUUCAGUUCAGAUAAAACACUAACUUUUAUGUUCAAAUAUUAGGUUUUGUUUUAUUCUAAUCUUGCCCCCCUCCCCCCCCCCCUUUUUUUUUGUUCUCUCUCUAUUUUUUCCUACCUUGAGUAUGAUACAGAAGGUUCUGGUAAUUGGUGCAUGACCACUGGAUAAGUCAUAACAAGUCCAGAUUUCAUUUUAGAAGUCUUGUUUGUUUCUUCCUGUCGCUGCAGUGUUUCUCCUGUUUGUUUUUGAAGGGAUGGCUUGGCACACGCACAUCAAGCCAGGUUAUAAAAAUAGUCAAGUUUUUGACUAUCAAGCUACACUUUUUUUUUUUUUUUUUUUUUUUUUUACAUGUAUAUCAAGUACUCUUAAAGAUAGAUGCAAGCUGUACAGUAUGCGUGAGAUCAGAAGUUUCGGUUCCUAACCUGGAAACCCUCAAUUACAAACACUGGAGUAAACACUGCAUGGAAUAUCAGACUAGGAACCGGGGCAAGUAAUACAGUUAUUAUAAUGAGAUUAUUGUCAUAAUUAUCAUUUUGUAAUGACUUAUAAGAAAAUGGAAUGAAAAAAGGCUGUUGUAACCUUGUGGCUAAUCUUCAGUGUUUGUAGAUAGUGUUGUUAUUUAGAAGACAUCAAUGUCUUCUUUUCUCUUUUUGUAAGUCGAUAUUUUUGUUGCUGUUGUUCUUUGUAUGUCUGUAUUUCUGUUUUUUGUAAGGAUAGGGUAAAGCAAAGCCAAACAUCUCUGUGGAUACAUUGUACUGUUGCUAGUCCUGAUCUCUAAUUUUAUUUGUUUUAUUGUUUGUUUUGUUCUAUUUUGCCAGUAAAUAAAUCUAUCUUUUUCAUA